AUGAGAAAAGAAUUCUCGCUGAUAUUCUGGUGCCUCCGUCCUUUGCACCUACAUACCGGAGCUUCACGUUUGCAUCACUUUCAUUUUGACGAGUGCCACACUCAUGCUAGCGGCGGAAAGCUUGCCGAAGAUGAAGGAAACAUGAAAGAGAGGAAGGUGACGGUGAUCGAUCCCAUACGGCCCCGAUCCGUGGUGUCUGGACAUGCCGAGAUGCAUCCAUUCGGCGGUUCGGCGGUUCUUUCUCCUCCCCUGACAACGGCAGGCCUGGAUGAGACUGGACUGUUCCCCGCCGUCAGUCCCUUUACCUUUCUCAGUUUCCGAGGUCCUCUCCGCAUGACGUUGAUCAAGCCUCAUCCAAGCCUGACUCGCAAAGCCUGGCGAGACGCCAUUCUCUCAUUUAUCCUCACACCCGUCACGCCCUAUUCUAGUCCUGACGCCAGAAAAGAACGGCCACCGGCCAGUCCCAUGGUUGCCUCACUUCCCGCACCGUCCAUUGACAUCAGAUGCUCCCCAGAAAGACCAACCUCAAGCUGCCCUACUACGCAGCCUCCUUGGUCUGUGCAGCUUCAAAGAGAGAGACGCAUGGUCCAACUCGUCCAAGAGCUUGGCAUCUCCCUCGAUAUCGCACGUGGGCGAACCGGCACCGACAAGUUCACCAACCAUCAACCGACCUUUUUCAGCUUCUCGCAGCCGGUAAACUCUAAUCCCACGCUUGAACCUUUCAGGGGGACCAACGAGGGCAGAGCCUAA